CAACCUUGCUGGUCCCGUAUCGGCCUUUUUAGUCACCUCAGAACUCACCAACGUAGGUGACAUCCUAAUAACUUAUAUCACUGAAUCAUAACUGGAUCGUCAUACUCGAUUCCGAAUUACAGCAAAGUAUUAGGAGUAGUGUGUGUAGUAUUAGAGUGAAGGCUGUUAAAAAACAGAAGGUUAGUGAACUCGCAACAAUCCGCAGGUGUUAAAUAAGAAACAGGUGUCACUGUGCAAUACUACAGCUUAAUUUGCGAGCAACGGCGGGGAGAGGCGUGAGGGAGGAGUCAAGGUUCGAGCAGAGCACUCAUUCUUGGAGUGGAAGUUGACGAAGUAGCACUGGCUACCACGAGUGAUCACGGCUGGAAAGUGACGAUAAUUUAUACCACCUCUACACUCAUAAACUUUUUACAACACGAAGGAAAAAAUAUUUAGUUAUAUUGUAGACAGACAUCCUGCACUCUCAUCAGUCUUAACCAGGAAACCUAGCGGGCACUAAUUGGCUGACGACGUGAGUAACGGAGAGUCUGAUUGUGCUGGUGAAAGUACAGGAAGCUGUGAUUGGCUAUUAAAAGGCUAGAUUGACGGAUAAAGGAGGACAUGAUUGCAGUCAAACAGACAGUUCAGAUGCUGACGAUGAUAAUGACACUGACAGUGAUAGUCACCCUGUUGUAUGAGAUAACAAACAUCUCACCCGAGGCCCAACACAUUCGACUUAAACGUGGCAAUUUAACCCGGAAACCGUGUCAUAUAGAAGCUCUUGGCAGCGACCAGCAGUUUUACAAGUACUUUCGGAAACUCGAGUACAAGUGUGAGAACCUAAUGGAGUUCGGUGCACGGCCAAACAAAAAAUGGUUGAGCAAGUUCGUCUGUCUUGAUCAACCAUUCGGAAUUCGACGAGAUAAUUGUACCGUUAUAUCCUUCGGCAUUAACUACGAGUGGGAGUUUGAGGAUGAUAUGGAUAACUACGGCUGUGUGGUUCACGCGUUUGAUCCCACAAUGCGACAGCUUGACCACAAGAGAUCGGAGAGGACAACCUUCCACAGGUUAGGUAUAAGUAACAUCAAGGGCAAGAGGAACGUCGGAAUGGGCAAUGAUUUUAGCUAUCUUGAGGUGGAUCGUUAUGAGAACAUCCUACGUAGUCUGGAUCUGUUGAACACCAGGAUAGACUACCUAAAGCUAGACGUGGAGUUGAGUGAGCUGGAAUUCCUACAAGACGUUCUGAGAAACUCGCCUCGCCUUUUGCAAAACAUUGGCCAGAUAGGAAUGGAGGUCCACCAUGGCUAUAAAGGUGAAGGCCUGGACGAAAAACCACCCAGAGUCGGAUCUCUCAGCCCAACCAGCACCUUCCCGCUCUUCUGGUCGUACUUCCAGGAGUUGAGGUGUCACGGGUUCAAGUUGAUCCACGCCAGACCCAACGUUCCCUGGCACGAAGUCGUCUGGGCCAGGAAUGACGAGUGGUAGCUGCUGGCCCCUACAUAAGCGGUGCUAAGUGCUGUUUUUAUUCGUACUUGGUUAAUUUAAUUAUUUAACAUACAUUGGAGUGCUUGGUGCUGGUCUUUUUUUUUUAUUUGGUUGUUUAGUUAACAAACACUUGAGUGCUAGUCUGGUUUUCUUUCGUGAAGGGAAUGUUAAAUCUAGCAGCAGAGAAUCAGUCAACGAAGCGACGGAAACUGAAACGUUAGUGUGACAACUACGGGUGUGUGACAUCAUGUAUUCCAAAUAGGUUGAGGUAGUCUUGAAAUAUGUUUUAUUGAAUAUUUAAAAGAGUACAUUGAAGUAGGGCGGUAAAUGAUGUCAGCUUAAUUAUUUAUUUAUUGAUAGAUAGAUAGAUAGAUUGAUAGGGGAUAGUAGGCAGCUAUUGAUGAUGAAUUGAAACACAUUCGUCCCAUUGUACAAAAACUUGGGUACCCUUCAUUGUUUGUUGAUCAUUGUUUUAACAGGGCUAAAAAUACUUUCAUUUUAUCAAACCAGGUAAAUUCCUACACUUAAGAAUAUUUUUAUUCUUCCUUAUCGCAAUGAACUUGUCCCGUUAGUUCA